GCAAAAAGUCGAAGACGCCACAACACCACGAAACGAAAGGCGCAUUUUCAAACCCGACAUGAAUCUACGCUGGUAUUGAUCUAGAAGAUGCUGUGUGGAUGUAUGGAACUGUAGAAAAGAGAAAUGCAGCAGCAGUAGAUGUUCGACGCAAGGGGUUGUAUGUACACCAUCUGCUGUUGACAGUCAGAAUUUCGGAUGACACUGCCACGCACAGAACAGUUUUUUCUUGUGGAUGACGGAGAAGAAUUGCCGAGUAUUUCUGCAUCUUCAGACACAGCAGCGGUCAUUGCUAUAUGUGUUCCAGGUGUCAUUUGCGACUUGUUUGUGAAAGUUGCCCCGAACCGCCACCUCACAUAGCGGUAAUACGAGUAAUACCCGAUCGGGGAGCGAUACACCGCUCCUAGUUUCGUGCUGUAAUCAACUUGUUGCGGAUCCGAUUUAAUGUGUUUUGUUUUGGUUCGCUGAAUUGGUCUAAAUUGUGCAAACUGUGUGAGUUAGAAGUGGCAUUCAUUCAUUCAUUCUCGUCAUAAAGAUCGUCUUACAGCUAACACAGCUUGUUUAUCAUGGUAAAGGUCACUACGAAAUGAUACACCGGCAUUACUUUGCUAAGAUGCGCUUUGGGACCAGAGGUUAAACCAGUAUUAAAGCUCGAAGUGUGUGCCAACUCAUCGUUUGUCGUCGCCUGUGCAAGCUAAAUAAAGAUUUCUCACGCUCACCCAUUUGGUGAGUACGCAGGUAAAAUGCGUCGUAAUCUGCGUGUGCUGCUCAAAUACGCCCUUGUCGGUGGUUUCGUCCUGCUUUUCGUGACCCUCAUCAUCCGCUCGUUCAACGUUGUCGAUAAGCAGCAACGUCUUCUCGAGCCUCACCCACCUGAGUCGCUCGUUCAGCAUCAGAAGCAGGGAGCAUUUUUCAACGGUCCGGCGAAGAAUGUGCACCGGAAGAAAAUCGAUUGGCACGACUAUCAGCUGAUAGAGGCAGAAGCGACGCGGACUGGAAAAGGCGAACGGGGAAUCGCUGCCCAUUUGGAGAAGAAGGACGAGGAGAUGAAGGAUAAGUUGUUCAAGAAGAAUGGAUUUAACGCUGUUUUGAGUGAUUUGAUUUCGUUGAACCGCUCGCUGCCGGAUAUCAGGCAUAACGGAUGCAGGAAGAAAACAUAUUUAUCCGAGUUGCCGACAGUGAGUGUGGUGGUUCCGUUCUACAACGAACACUGGAGUACUCUGCUGAGAACGGCUUCAAGUGUGUUGCUGAGAUCCCCUCCGGAGCUGAUCAGUGAAAUUAUACUCGUCGAUGAUUGCAGCACGAAGGAGUUCCUCAAGGAUCAACUGGAUAAGUAUGUGGCCGAGAAUAUGCCCAAAGUAAAAGUGAUACAUUUACCCGAGCGGUCCGGUUUGAUCACGGCUCGCUUGGCUGGCGCCAAGGCAGCUACGGCAGAUGUCUUGAUUUUCCUGGAUUCGCAUACGGAAGCAAACGUGAAUUGGUUGCCCCCGCUGUUGGAGCCGAUCGCCGAGGAUUACAAAACGUGCGUAUGUCCUUUCAUUGAUGUUAUUGAUUGGGAUACCUUUGAGUAUCGGGCGCAAGACGAAGGAGCGAGAGGUGCGUUCGAUUGGAAGUUUUUCUAUAAAAGAUUGCCCCUUCUGCCGAAGGAUUUAGCAAACCCUACCGAACCGUUCGAGAGUCCAAUAAUGGCCGGAGGGUUGUUCGCUAUAAGUUCCAAGUUGUUCUGGGAAGUUGGCGGUUACGACGAAGGUUUGGAUAUCUGGGGAGGAGAACAGUAUGAGUUGAGUUUUAAGAUCUGGCAAUGUGGCGGACAGAUGUAUGAUGCUCCUUGUUCACGUGUGGGUCAUAUCUAUCGAGGAUAUGCACCUUUCGGGAAUCCCAGGAAGAAAGAUUUCCUUACGCGAAACUACAAACGUGUGGCGGAGGUGUGGAUGGACGAAUAUAAGGAAUAUUUGUACAUGAGGGAUCGCAAAAAAUACGACAACACUGAUGCAGGCGAUCUUACCAAGCAGAAGGCAAUUCGAGACAAGCUACAAUGUAAACCCUUCAAAUGGUUCAUGGAGAAGGUAGCAUUUGAUUUGAUGGAAAAAUAUCCACCUGUGGAACCGCCGGAUUUCGCGAAUGGCGCCAUCCAGUCCGUCUCCAAUCCGGCACUUUGCGUUGACACAUUGAACCACGGAGAAAAAGGAACGAUUGGACUUUUCUCUUGUGCUGCUGAUAAGGUCCAACCACAGUCUAAUCAGUUCUUCCAGCUUUCCUGGCAUCGGGAUCUGCGUAUCAAAUUUGGCGAACUAUGCUGGGACGUUUCGGAAAGUGUUCCGAAUGCCAAAAUUCUGUUGUAUCAUUGCCACGGAGGUCAAGGAAAUCAAUUGUGGCGAUACGACGUGGAUAAGCAAAUGAUAAAGCAGGGCAAGAAUAAUCGAUGUCUGGAUAUGGACGAUAGCAAGCGGGAAGUUUUUGUGAAUGCCUGCAGCGAGAAUAAUCCCAACCAGAAAUGGAGGUGGGGAUUCGUUAAUGCGACAGCUGUUGCGAAUUGGUCAACUUAUGGCGCGAAAAUGAUUGACUGAUUUUUUAAUGGUUAUUUUCCUUUCAAAGCUCAACGUUUCGAACGCUCAUCACGUGAUUUUGUAGCAUUAAAAUAUGUUAAGUUUUUACUGAUAACAAACAUUGCAAAAUGUUUUCAAGAUUUCUUCCGAUUAAAAUUAGGAAACCGAUAAUUUGACAGACGAGAUUUUUCUCUAGAAAAUUAGAGGAUAAAAAUUGUUUAAGUUAAAAUUACUUUCGAGUAUACGUAAAUCUUGAAAAAAAUCAUCACAAUAAGCCGAAGAUCAUUUUUACAAUGUCAUUCAAAAUUCCUUGCCAUGUAUCAUUCUUUCGUUCCUAUCAAAGAGAACAGUAUCUUUACAUAUCUAGUCUAGAAGAUUUUCGUGAACUACAAUCAAUGGAGACAAGAGAGAACAUCAUCGCAAACAUAAACAUUCAUUCUCGCGAGAGACAGAGACCAUUCCCACAAUGAACAAAUGCAACACUAACAAGUAUUUCUAAAGCCAGUCGGAGAGCAAUAAAAAACGUAUUUUCAAACUA